AUGCGGGCGCUGGCCGGUACACAAGUAACGGACGAAUUCCUUAGAACGCUCUUUCUACAGAGGUUGCCUAACAAUGUACGUUCAGUUUUAGUGACCAAACAAGACAGUCUCCAUACCUUGGCCGCUAUGGCUGACAAAAUUAUGGAGAUAACCAGUCCUAAUUCAGACAUUUGUUCCACCAGUGGUGCAACCGCACACCAAACAGAUCGGCUCUCUCGUUUGGAGAAAGCUGUAUCAGAACUUGCCAUUUCGAUCCACGAGUUACGAGCACGUUCCCCAUCACGCUCAGAGAGACGAAGGCGCUCUCCCAGUCCAAAUGUACCGGGUUAUAAUGUUUGUUGGUAUCACUUCAAAUUCAAAGCUAAUGCCAGGAAGUGCACCCCACCUUGUUCUUUUAAACGUGUCAUCAAGGAAGCCUCGGGAAACGACUAA